AAGACAAACAUAGUUCAGAGUUAUUAAUACGAGAACAUGGGUUUAUGGAAUUGAUUGUGAAUUCUAUGAAUAAUCCAUCGGAUCCUUUUUGGGAUAAUAAUGAAUCCCUGAAGAGAUCUGAAAGGUUACUAAUUAAAGAAAUGAAAGAGAUUAUCAAACGUUCUACAAUUUUCGAACCAAAAUCACAAAUAUCACUUAAAUCAAUAGCUCUUCGGACAUUAUCUUCUUUAACUUCUUUAAAAACACGCUAUGAAGGCAUGAUAAAAACUAGACUACGGGUAUCAGGAGGGUUAGGCUCUGUAAUAAACAUUUUAAAAAAUGAACUUGAAUUAGUAACUGGUUUACUAUCAGGAUUUGAGAAUGGUAAGUCAUUGAACUUAUCGGCGAAUGUAUUGGAUUUCGAAUGUAUUGGGCAAUGUCUUAGAAUAAUAGAGAAUGCUACUCUCUUCUGUGCUGAGAACCAAUUCGACAUCGUCGAAAAGGAUAAAGAACUUUUACGGAUGCUGCUGGAGUUCCUAUUAUACUGUCAAAUCGAGGCUUGUAGUAAAAAUAUGCAUCGUGCAUCAAUAGCAAUGGAAUGUCUUCUUGGUAGUCUACGUGUGCUUAUUAAUCUUUCUAAUGACAAUCAACCGUGCUGUCAAUGCAUAGGGUGUAUUCCUGGAAUGUCAAUUCUUGUUAGACUUGCCACUGUUGGACAGCUUCCUCCUAAAGAUACUGUAACAAUGAAUAUCGGUUUUGACAGGAUGGAUUUAGAUGUUCCUGUGAAUUCAAUGGCUAUUGAAGCAGUCAAAUUCGAUGUGUUAUUGUUAAGUAUCGGUUUACUUAUCAAUUUGGUUGAAAUGGAUCCUGGGAACCAAGACGAAUUCCGAAAAGUUGAGCAAAACCCAUUUUGUACAGGCUCGCAUACUUGUCUUCGAACUUGUACAUGCUCGUCACGUGAAUCCGCUGUAUCAUGUUUUGUAUCUUUGUAUAAUUACCAACUUGAAAAAGAUGAUGAUGAGACUGAUAGUAAUAUUAUUGCAGCAUAUCUGGCUGUUUUACUUGGAUU